UCCUCUCUUCUCUCUCCAUUGCUGUAAUCUUCAGCACUCAAGAAUUUUCAUAUUCCAACCAUUACGUUGAAGGAGGCUUUGAAUCGAUGAAGAGGCAGAACAGUCAGUUAUCGUCCACUUCCCGCCGGGAUCCUCCGCCUGAAAGUCUUCGAGCUAAGAGUAUCGGUUGCAUGUCCGGCAUUAUUCAUCUUCUCUCCAAGUACCAGAACCGCCACAAGAAGUCCCUCACAUUUGGAAAGAGUAAGCAGGAGAAGGAUAUUAUUGUGUUUUCCUCUUCUUCUACUUCGGAUCAAUGUCUAGCCUCGGCUGCCGGUAUAUCUCCGCCUACUCCAAAGCCGCAGGGACAUCGAAGGUCACGAAGUAAUAAAGAAGGAAAGCGAACGGAGGUUGUUGAUUUCAGCCGGAGAAGAAUCUCCUGCGAUCUGCCGACGAGGAGUCCGACUCUUUCCGCGGAGAUACGUCGUUCGAGCACCGUAAACUCUCCGUCGAAGAUCCAAAAAUCUCCGGCGCUGGUAGCGCGGUUGAUGGGACUGGAAGCGGUGCCAGCGACGCCAGUUGAAGAACCGUCUAACGAGAAGAGGAGGAAGCUGUUGGGAGCGCUAGAGAAAUGUGAUAACGACUUGAAGGCUCUCAAGGAUAUUAUCAUGGCGUUUCGGUCACCGGAAAGUGAUCAAGCGGCAACGGCGGUUGCAGGAAAUUGUCUGAAUCGAGACAAAGUAAAAACAAUUUCUGAACGGAAGUGUAGGGACUGUAACUGUAGCGAUAUAGAGAAGCAGCAGCAGCAGCAUCCGAGUGCAGCGUCCGUGUUUAACGAGUCCAGUCGCUCGCAUCUGAACAGAAUCAACCGUACAGGCAGAGGGCGUGAAAAUGUUGGAAAUGCAGGACGACAAGAAACACAGAAACAGGCAAAGAAGAAGAACCCACCAGCAAUUGAAGAUGAGGACACAAUCUCCAUCUCCUCCUUGAACCCAAUUUCCAAAUUACAGGAACGGAUCAUAAAGUUGCAGCAGAUCAGCAGCACCACACACUUAACAACGAUGAAGAAGGAGAAGAAGGAAAAGGAAGAUCCGGCAUUAACGUGGAGAAGCAAGGCCAUGGCAGAGAGCUUGGACGAGAUCUCCAACCAAAUCUCAUGGGGCUUCAAACACGAGAUGGCCAAAAUAGGUAUGGCUUUACAACACCACAUUUACAGAGAGCUAAUUGAUGAAAUGCUCACUGAUAUGAUCACCAAAUCUUCUGCUUGCUUUCUUCCCUUCCAUUCUUCUUCUCUCCCUCCCUUUGAAGCAUGUAGGAGAAGACUUCGUUUCUGAUUGUUUUUCUUCUUCUUUUGUGUUUAGUUUACACACAAAUUAACUUAAAUUUCGAUACUUUUGUGUAGCUUCCAAGAAUUAUGAUGAUCCGACUAUAAAUUUAGUUGGUUUAUGGUUGAAA